AUGACGGCGGACUUCAUCCGGUCGGCCAUGCACCGGUUUCCGCAUGAGGGACAACCGGAUGCCUUAUUUAUAAGGCGAGGAAGUGAUCAGCCGCUUUCGCCCGAUGUUUGUCGUAAUGAGAGCCAAGCUGAUCGUUCUGGCUAUUAUACAAAUCGGCAGCUGCGAUUCGGAAAUCAGGAGAGCCAUCGUAAAAGCGACGAAAACACCAUGCUGUGUGGACACCCUGCUGCCAGUUUCAUUCAGUGCUGUCAUUCCUGCCACUUCAACGAUAAUUUGCUCAGCUCUAAAGGUCGACCUAUAGCAUCUGACUUCUACAUGAGAGAUGCGGAAGAACUACUUAUAAAGAACGAUCCACUGAAGUGCUUCGAUCGACAUGGAAGUGCUUUCUGCGAAGCAUUCGCUUCCAAGCAUGGCGUAUGGGGUCGCGGUGGAUACACCUGCGAACAUGCGGCUCUUGCUUUUAGACUGUGCCGAAAAACAUGUGGAUACUGCAACGGAUUUGGCAUGCCGACGGUAGUGUAUGAUCCUGAGGUUGCAAAGAAUCCUAAGGAGUGUCAUCGUUUACUCUGA